ACGUGUUUCUAGAUCAUGGACGCGAUGAAAGCUAAAAAAUUAGGUCUCACCUUACAAGUGCAAGAUUUAUCGACGAAAAAUGAGAGGAACCAGCGUAUUGCGUAUAGAGCCAGUAGAAUGAACACAAUGAUGGCACAGCUGAAACAGACGUUAAAAAGGAAAAACCGAAAGUUACGGAUCUUGACAAACAAUUUAGCAGCGAUGAAAGACGAAAUAGAAACGUUGUGUUUGCACAUUUACAAAAUGGAUUCUAUGCUAGUGACGACGACAACAUCAAUGGAGCACGUUUUGAAAUUGAACGAAGUUGACCAAUCCUUGAGCAAGUACAAGGGUAAUGUUUACUACACAUUUGUAGCGAAUUUAUACAAGUUAUUCGUUGCUACCAAGUUGAGGAAAGUAGAAAUUAGAGGUUUUGACUCGUAAGUAAUAUUCAUUUAAAUAUCAAUCUCUCAAUUUAAUCACAAUUUAUCCUUAAGUGUUAAAUAAAGAAGCUACCAAAAAUCUAAAUAAACAUUUUUUAAUUCAUAAAAUUUAACUUCUAAUAAUUUAAAUAUAGG